AUGCUUCAACUCUUGCCUGUAGAACUUUAUUGGUCCAUUCUCAAUUACUUGGAAUACCAAGACCUUACCAUCUUAUUAUCCAUAUUACCUCUGAAACGCCACACAAAACAUUUCAUAAAGCGCCAUUUUCCUUUUCAUUACAGUGUCAGUUCAUUACUUGUUUCAUUUGAAUCACUUUCCUCAUCAGAACGACAAAAACAUAAAACACAAUUUGCCAUGCAGGCACUUCAGUUCAUUUGUGAUCAAGUCCAAGAUUUACCCAUUACUGAACGGAAAGCCACGUUUAGCGAUCUCUUGGCGACCUUACAGCAGUUGACAGUAGAACGCAUACUAUCAUAUGACUUACCUACAGACGCAGAACAUGACUAUGCUCGAUUCUCGCUUGAGGUACGGUCGCGGUACUUACAUACAGCCUCUAUACGAGUGUUGCAUGAUCCAAGAUAUAGAAGAAGAAGUACCAAAUAUCCACUUGCUCCCUUUUUACCAAGAUCAUUUACCUGGGUCUGGCGUAUGCACUGUUCGCAAGGGGUAGAUGAGAAUAAAUUCAUACGCACACGAUUUGCCAGCUACUUUGGCCAGUUAUUUGAAGUGACCAGUCUGUACUUGGAGUCUAACCUGGACGGGACCUUUGAGGAAUGUGUGCGUGAGGCACUUGUUUCGGGGAACGCUCAUGAUUUACUUGUGCUCUGCCUGGCUGCGGGUCGGCCUGUGGAGGUGGAAGAGAUGUGUAUGAUGGUCUAUGAGGCUGGUGAACAAUUUAGAGCAUAUUUAGAUACCAUGCAAACAGAUCCGACCCCACAGCAAGAAUUAAGAAUGCAACAUGAUAAUGAGUUGCGGCAGCAACGAUUGCUUCAGAGACAACAACAACAAGAAGGACAAGUAGGAGGAAAUGACGUUGUAGACGAAAUAGAAGAAGAUAUGAUACCCGAUUGGCUUAUACCAGAUAGAUACAAAGUUCAUAAGGAUACUGUCCUUAGACUCAAGCUUAUGAAUGACUUGUUUAAUAAAGGAUGGAGAUGGUUUACUGUUCCUAAUAACAGCCAUCCUCAUCUUGUAAAUAGCGUGUAA